AAACCAUGUUGGAAUUCUACCCUCCGCUACCAGGUAGCCUUGGCAGGCAGGGUGAGCCGGGGCCGACGACGAUGGCCUCCGCUGCACCACCGAUACCGUUUCGACCUGCAAAUGAUAAUAAUAACGCAGAGCCGUCGGUAUCGGUGAAGACCGAAUCCGGACUCCUGGAGACAAUUUGUGCCGGUUGCGGUCGCACCAUAUCCGACAAAUACGUGAUGCAGGUCGCCGGAAGGAACUACCACGAGGAGUGUUUGUCGUGUGCCGCUUGUGCGGCUCCUCUCACUCAAUCCUGCUUCAUUCGCGAGCUGAAAUUCUACUGCAGGACCGAUUACGAGAGGAUCUUCGGUGUGAAGUGCGCGCGGUGCAUGGAGAAGAUCAGUUGCUCGGAUUUCGUGCUCAGGACACCGGGUUUGGUUUUCCAUGUGGAGUGUUUCGCGUGUUGUAUGUGCGGCCAACCGUUGCCACCCGGCACACAGUAUUUUCUGCGCCAGGGACAACCGAUUUGCAGAAGGGACUAUGAGCACGAGUUGUACCUGAACAGUCCUCAAGACGAUGAUUUAUUGGACGAGAAUCGACCCAGAGACGGUCGUCGGGGUCCUAAAAGACCCCGAACGAUCCUGACAUCGGCCCAAAGACGUCAAUUUAAGGCGUCCUUCGAAGUCUCCCCAAAACCCUGUCGAAAGGUACGAGAAGCCCUAGCAAAAGACACGGGUCUCAGCGUCCGCGUGGUGCAAGUUUGGUUCCAAAAUCAGCGGGCAAAGAUGAAGAAAUUGCAAAGAAAAGCGAAAACCGAGCCCGGAUCUGACAAGGAACCGAAAGAAGAACGUCGAACGGAAAGUCCCCACAGUGAUCACAGUCAUUACUUGAACGCCAUGAACAUGCGCGAUGGGGAAUCUUCUAGCUUCCCCUCAGCCACCCAACCGCUCAACCCCAAUAACCCGUACUCGCCCGACGACGCGUAUCCGGGUCAUUCAGGGGAGAGUUUCUGCAGCAGCGAUUUAUCGUUGGACGGAACGGAAGCUGGCUUCGACAUAGGCGAGAACGAGGGCGGCGGUGGUCAAGAGGGUAGUCAUCAGGGCACCACCCACACCCACCAUGGUACAUCGUCCCACGAGGCACCGUCAUUGUCGCAAAGUUUGCACGCGGCGAUUCACAACCCCAUCGACAAACUGUUCAUGAUGCAAAGUAGUUAUUUCAGUGGUGAUCAUGCGUAAUCUUCGAGAGAAAAUGUUCUCCAUGGUGUUUGCGACCGGUUAUCCAAAAGGGCUAGCUGAUUCAUGACAUCAAGUGUGAAAUACGCAGAGAUCGUACAGCAUCGUUUUUUCUCAAUUUUGCAAAUCUUUUAU